AUGAUGAUGGAUUCACACUAUCCGAUAAUUAAAAAGUUUGGACGGAAGCCUUAUAAGAACGCAAUCGAAGGGAGGGAGAGCACGGCAGAGGAAGUCAAGUGGUUAGACGACGUCAAUCAUGCUGGAGAAGCUUCCCCUGAGGUUGCGAAACUUGUUAGAGAGGAUAUUAAAGCGGGCAGAUGGACGCCUUUGGGGGAUCACCCUCGGGAUGCUUAG